CCUUCCCCACUGCGGAUGUACCUGACCACGCCCAUUACACUAUAGGGGCCGUCAUCCUGGCUAUCGGCAUCACCGGCAUGGUGGGCAACUUCCUGGUUAUCUAUGCCUUCAGCAGGAGRAGGUCACUGAGGACUCCAGCCAACAUGUUCAUCAUUAACCUGGCCAUCACUGACUUCAUGAUGUGCSUCACACAGGCACCCAUCUUCUUCACCACCUCCAUGCACAGGAGAUGGAUCUUCGGAGAGAAAGGCUGUGAGCUGUAUGCAUUCUGCGGGGCUCUAUUUGGGAUCUGCUCUAUGAUCACUCUGAUGGUGAUAGCAGUGGACCGCUACUUUGUGAUCACGCGUCCGUUGGCCUCCAUUGGGGUGCUCUCCAAGAAACGAGCACUGCUCGUCCUCAUGGCUGCCUGGGCCUACUCACUGGGGUGGAGCCUGCCCCCUUUCUUCGGCUGGAGUGCCUAUGUUCCAGAGGGUCUGUUGACCUCCUGUACAUGGGACUAUGUGACCUUUACCCCGUCAGUGCGUGCCUACACCAUGCUGCUCUUCACCUUUGUCUUCUUCAUCCCCCUGAUCGUCAUCAUGUACUGCUACUUCUUCAUCUUCAGAGCCAUACGUACAACGAACAAGGCUGUAACCAUGAUCAACGGCACUGGGAGUACCAGAGACUCCAUUAGGAGUUUCAAUCGGCUGAAGAAUGAGUGGAAGAUGGCUAAGAUCGCUCUUAUUGUCAUCCUCCUCUACGUCAUCUCUUGGUCCCCCUACUCCGCUGUUGCCCUGACCGCAUUUGCAGGGCAUACAGAUUUUCUGACCCCCUACAUGAACUCAGUGCCUGCUGUGAUCGCCAAGGCUUCAGCCAUUCACAACCCCAUCAUCUAUGCCAUCACCCACCCCAAGUACAGGAUGGCCAUAGCCAAGUACAUCCCAUGCCUGGGGUUUUUGCUGUGUGUACGUAGACGCGACCUGCGAUCCACCAACAGCAGCUUCGUGUCCACCCGACGAUCCACUGUCACCAGCCAGACCUCCGACAUCGGCGACCGCUUACACCGCACCAGCACUGUCAAGUCCCGCCUCUCUUCCGCCUCCGACAGCGAAUCGGGCUGGACAGAUACGGAGGCUGACCUCUCCAGUAUGGGCUCCUGGCCGGCUAACCGCCAGGUGUCCUGUGAUAUCAGUAAGGACACAGCCGAGCUCCCACACUUCAAGCCUUCCAGCUCCAAGUCCAAGAUGAAGAGCCACGACUCUGGCAUCUUUGAGAAGAGCUCUUAUGACGUGGACAACAUCUCCAUGACAGGCGUGGGCCACAGUGACCAUGGCUUCCCUCCAAGUGCAGGRGAUUCGUCAGAAGGCACCAUAACUAGAGGAAUGAUUGGCCGGAUCCCCAGCAUCAUCAUCACCUCUGAGACCAGCCCCUUCUUACCUGUCCUUAAGGCCAGUUCCCAUGGUUCCAGUACUAGGCCAGCCAGUGGCAGUGUAGAUGUAGGGUCUGUAACUAAGGGGCCACYGGAGAGUGUCCAGCAGGGGAUAACACUUCCCUCUAACAGUGAUGGCUCUACACCACCACUCAURUGAUCACAACCACCCAGUUUUUAUGUACAGUACUUGAUUAUUUAUAGUAAAAUGCCAGGGUCUGUACUCAACAUGCAACUUUUCUAAAAGUCAAGUUAACCCCCAUGUGAAUGCUGUAUGUUCUUUAUUAAAACGUUUUUGUUUUGUUGCUUUGUUAAUGUGCUAGCAGACAAAGUACAGAAUUGCAGUUUGGCAUCUACUGUAAGCAAAUGGGAUAGGUUGUGUUGUCUGCUAAACUUUCACCAGGUCAUCUGAGUGAGCUACAAUCAUACAAGAAGCCCAGCCAUUUCAAAUCCCUUUCAAACAUUUCCCCUAGCUCAGGUCCCCUCCUCUUAGAUCUGRAAGAGGAAGAUGGCUGAAACAGAUGAUAUAGAACUGUUGUGUGUAGUAAUGCAUUUGUGACUGAAACAGGCAGCACUGAUCUGAGCUGGAGAUGGCCAUCUGAGUGAGCUACACUAUAUAUACAAAAGUAUGUGGACACC